CAAAAAUCCUAUUCCUGUAUGAGUGAUCUAAACAAGAUAUAUAGCGCCCGCCAGCCAUAUACAUUAAACAAAGACAGGCAAAAGCUAAUAGCACUAGCCAAGCGAUUCAUUAUAAUUAACCCACACAUAUAAAUACAGGCAGGCAAUGAAUUAAUUUGGUUUUCAUGCUGCAAUAUAUACAAGUUGUAGGUGGUUGAUAAUAAAAUAUAUAUUUUUCUUUUUUAGAAAAAAAAAUGAUAGGGUGGGAAGAUAUAUACAAAGUGGUGGUGUCGAUGGUGCCGUUGUACGUUCCACUCGUUUUAGGGUAUGCUUCUGUUCGUCGGUGGAGAAUGUUCAAACCCGAGCAUUGUGACGCCAUCAACCGUUUCAACUGCUAUUUCGUUAUACCUUUCUUCACCUUCCAUUUCACAUCGGGAGUCAAUCCUUACCGCCUCAACUUCCGAUUUCUGGCUGGUGAUGUCGUGGCAAAAGCUAUCGUGGGCUCGAUUUUAGCCUUAUGGGCCAAUCUUUGGAGAGGGGGCAACUUCUCGUGGGCAAUUACGUCAUAUUCCCUCUCGAGCCUUAAUAACACGUUGGUCGUGGGAGUCCCGUUGUUGGGCGCUAUGUAUGGGCCGGUUGGUGAGGAUUUAGUAGUCCAAUCGUCUGUCAUUCAGGCACUCAUAUGGUUCCCAAUUUUAUUGUUCUUGCUCCAGCUCAGACAACAACAACAAAAACAAAAACAACAACAAGAACAACAAAAUGUCGAUCAAGAAAAUCAAAACGGUGAUAUAACUGCGGUUGAGUACACCGUUGGAUCAACGAUGAUCAAAGUUUGGGCAAAGCUUGCAACGAAUCCCAAUUGUUACGCAUGUGCCCUUGGACUCGUUUGGUCUCUCCUUGCAAAAAGGUGGAAUUUUGGGAUGCCCGAUAUAGUGGAAGGAUCGGUUUUGAUUAUGGCCAAGGCGGGGAGUGGUGUGGCCAUGUUCUCAAUGGGACUGUUUAUGGCACUUCAAGAAAAGGUGAUAGCUUGUGGUGUGAAAUUGAGCUUGUAUGGGAUGCUUCUAAGGUUCGUGGGUGGACCGCUCACCACAGCAAUUGGUUCCCUCGCUUUAGGGCUGAGGUCAAAUAUCCUCCGUAUUGCCAUCAUCCAGGCGGCUCUACCAGAAGCCAUAACAGCUUUCGUAUUUGCUCAAGAAUAUGGGUUGCACGCCAACGUACUCAGCACAGCGGUCAUUUUCGGUACUAUUGUAUCCCUUCCUCUGUUGAUCGCGUAUUAUGCCAUCUUAGAUGUUGUCAAGAUAUGACCACAAUUUUGACUUAAAGAGACAGGCUCUCUAGUUGGCCGGCCUUGUACGCUGCAUAUGACCACAGUUUUGACUUAGAGACAGGCUCUCUAUCUGGCGGGUCUUAUACGUUACAUGUUUCUGAUUAUCUAAUAUUUACUUUCAAAUAAUUUUAGCAGUGGUAGUGCUUGUAGGAACAUGCUACGUACAGUCUUGUAACGGAAUCACUUCUUUAUAUAAAACUCUAAUAAAAAUUUGUCACUAUCACUUUUGUUUGACUAACUCAUAUCAAAACUAAAAGAUCUAUUAGAUUAUACUCAAUCGAGGAACUAUUUCACAUGUAGCAUUUCCCUUGCUUUUAUACAUAGUAGAGAGUUCAUUCUACUAUUUUAGACACACCGGGAAAAAAAAUUUGAAAUCUUAACAAUUG